AGACAUCAACUGCGGCUGUCCUGUCAUUACAAACUAGCCUAGCCGCUGAUUUCUCUGUACGCGGGAGAGAAAAUACUCGGGAAUGUAAAAUGAGCCACGCUCUAAAUUUCCUGUUCUCAGUGUGCUCAUGAUAGAGUCCAAACCGCCACACCGAACCUCGGGAAGCUCCUGGUUUACCUCUUAACGCAGAGAAAUAGUAAAGAAUUGAAAUUUCAGAAAAAGAUAACAGAGCUCUCUCCUUCAUGAUUCUCCUCAGGCUCCGGGUAUCUAACAUUUCUCUUUUUCCUGAAUAUUUAUUUAUCUUUUGCUGUAUAGUGGUAUUUGUUCCUUGUGAAUUUCUUUAAUUUCUUAAGUCCAAAGAUCUGAUGCCUGAUUAAUUGGGUUUGUUCGGCUACUCUGGAAUUUUAAAGAAUUUUGAUUGAUAUGCAUGGUUUGUUGAAAGGAGAAAUAUAUAUCAGUAAAACCCCUCUGCUCUAAGAAAGCCAUAGAAAGCGAAAGGAUUUAUAAAUUUAAUAUAAAUAAAUAAAUAAAGGUUUUGCAUUUUAUGUUUGUUGUCGUUUUUCUAUAUGAAUACUGAUGAAAUUCACUAUAAAUUAAGAGUACAAGCUUUAUAUAGGAGUCAGCUGAAUUUUGUUUUUUCUCAGAUCCUAAUGAUGUAAAAUCUGUAAUUUGGGAAUUCGAAUAUUGGUUAUUUUUCGUCUUUGUUCUUCAUAAGCAAAUAGAACAUAUGCAGAAAAAUCGUGGGUUUUGCUCAAUUUUUUAUCUUUCUGUAACUUUUUGUAGUUUGAUGAAUGUUCACUAGAGUUCUUCAACUGCCAAUUGGUUUUGUUGCAUUGAUUUGCAGUUGAUUUAGUUUGAAUGUACGAAUGGGUGAUCUAUUGGAUCGUGAUUUGAUAAGCAAUCUGCCUCAGAGCAUUAUAGAGAGCAUUCUCACGCGUCUCCCAAUUAGAGAUGCUAUAAGAACUAGCUGCUUAUCAACGAAAUGGAGAUACAAAUGGACUACGCUCACCCAUCUUGCAUUCGACGAAAAAUGUGUCACUCUAUCUAAUGACCGAACUCUUGUCGAAAGAAGCCUUAUAGACUUUAUCACUCGGGCUCUCUUUCUUCACCAAGGACCCGUUCACAAGUUCCAGCUUUCUACUUCCUACUUGCAGAGCUGCCCAGAUAUCGAUCAAUGGAUACUUUUCCUUUCAAGGAAUGACAUAAAAGAAUUGGUUCUUGAAUUGGGAGAAGGCGAGUGGUUUAGGGUGCCCUCAUGCCUUUUUUAUUGUAAAAAGUUGACCCGUUUGGAGCUAUUUCGAUGUGAGUUGGAUCCACCUCCUGCUUUUAAGGGAUUUUUGUGUUUGAAGAGCCUCAAUCUUCAUCAAGUUUUGGUUGCUCCUGAUGCAAUUGAAAGUCUUAUUUCUAGUUGCCCUCUACUUGAGAGUCUGGCUUUGUCAUACUUUGAUAGCUUAGCUCUAAAUAUCCGUGCCCCAAAUCUCAAGUACUUAUGUCUUGAAGGUGAAUUUAAGGACAUAUGUCUUGAAAAUACCCCACUUUUGGUUGCAAUAUCUGUUGCUAUGUAUAUGACUGAUGAUAUUGCCGAGCACUUUGAGCAAAGUUCAAAUUGCAAUUUUAUCAAGUUUCUUGGUGGCAUACCACGUCUCGAGAGGCUUGUUGGGCAUAUCUACUUUACAAAGUAUUUGAGUAUAGGUAAUGACCAGGGAAUCCUUCCGAUUACUUAUAACCAUUUAAAGAUUAUUGAAUUAUAUCAAGUAAGUUUUGAAGAUAUGAAAGAGAUACUAGUUGUUCUUCGCUUGAUUACGAACUCUCCUAAUUUACAGGAACUUCAAAUCUCGGGUUCCUCAAACACUUUAGCAGCUAUAGAAGCAUCCGAUUUGGAUUUCUGGGAGAAACAAUGCCCUUCCGAUUGCGCAUUUGGAAGACUUAAAGUUGUGAAGAUGACAGAUAUGUCUGGAGUGCCACAUGAGAUGGAAUUCAUCAAGUUUUUGUUGAAGAAAUCACCAGUGCUUGAGACCAUGAGCAUUACGCCGUGUGCAUAUGUUUUAGAUGGACGUUUGAAUAUGCUGAUUGAGUUGGUGAGCUUUAAACGGGCAUCUCCUGAAGCAGAAAUUUUAUUCAUCCAAGAUUAAGUAGUGUCUGUCUGGUAUGUUUGACGGAGCUGGCCUUUGAAUUGUGUUUCGUAUUCUUCUUAGACUUGAGAGUGACAAUUUGUUAAUAUUGUUCAAGGUCUCAUUCACUCAUAUUAUAAACAAAACAAAUAAAAGAUCAGUUCUCAUUUAAUAA